AUGGCCUCAUGCCCAUCGGUAGGCGAUCAUCAACAUCAUCGUUUACACGGAUGCCCAUGCAAUGUCGAUUUCGAUUUUCGGCCGAUAAAGAUCCACGUCUACAAGAAUGGUGACGAGAGGGAUGAGGGACGAAUUGUUCACGUGACGAGGCGACAUUUCCGACAUUGGAUCGUCUUUUUAGAUCAUCUCACACGAGUGCUCAGGACGACGACAGCCGUCAACAAGUUGUUCACAAUCGAUGGCAGAAGUAUUACACAUUUUGAAGAUCUUGAGUCAAAUGGGGAAUACGUGGGCGUGGAAAAGGGCCCAUUCGUCGCGUGUGACUACGGUCGUUUCGUGGAAAAAUUGAGAAAUCGGGAUACACGUUUUAUGGUCUCUGGAAUCUCUUUCCCAAAUCUUUAUCGAGAGCAUUUCCUUGAUGGAGCUGACGCAAUGGAUAUUUAUCUGAAACAGCAUGGUUAUGGUUCAUGCACUGGUCUUCCGUAUCCAAUGGACGGUUUUGAGAAAAGUUCAUCUUUAUCUUUCCUCAAAACAUCGCCAAAUGGUGGAAGUCAGGAAAGAUUGCAAGAGAUCGGACGUGAACCAUCUUGGGUGAAAUCUGUAAAUGAAAAGUCUCCAAAAGAUCGUCCGCCGUCUCGAAUCCCGAUUUCGAAUGGAAAAGCAUUGACGAAAAGCCAUCCCGAUCUACGAAUAAAUCUGACAGGAAUUCGACAAGAUGAACAGAAAAACGGCCUUGAGACAUUGAUGAAACGAUCACAAAUGAACGAAAAAACUCUACAGCCAAUUGUUUCUCAGCGGGAAAAUGAGGAGGGAAACGCGGUGGUCAUCCGAAUAUCAGUGCCCCAAUCGACGAACAAAGAAACGCUCAAAGUUGAGGCGAAAGCGCAAGAAAUGGAACGUCCCGAGUCUCGCUCAGCCGCCACACAAACCGACACCCAACCUAAAAACUCAAAAAUCACUUCGACAAAUGAAGCGAAAAAUGAAGAAGACAAGCAUUUAAAUCCUGAGAAAUCUUUUGCUAAAGUUUUCGAAUUUCCCACAGAAAACCCAACCUCCGAUUCAUCGAAAAAACCGAUUUCCCUUCUCUUGCAACGACCGAAACUUAAUCAACCAACUGUUUCGGAAUUCGAAUUUGAGAAAGAUAUCACAAAUGACAUUGAUGAUAUGAGGGAUAUGGUGGACGAGAAGAACGCUCGAGAGGAAAUGAAAACGAAAAAAGACAUAUCGGAAGAUUGCGAUGACAUCGAUGUCGGUUUGCUCAAAUUACCCCCAAUUCACCAGAAAAUUGUCUCCACCGGCUCUGAGGGGAAAAUUCGCGGCUUUCGACAAAAUCGAUUCGAGUUUCACGAGGAGAAGGAUAUCUACCGAGCCCGCCGCCGGCAUCAUCUAAAUCGACGCCUCUUGCGACGGAGUGGCUCCUAUGAUCCGGAUUUUGAUAAUAUU